UGAAGACCGUGAGAGAGAGGGAGGAGAAAAGGGAAACCAUGGAGUAGUCCAGUGAACCAUUAUCCAACCCCGCUUCCUUCUCCCUCCAUCUCUGUGCUUCGUUCUUCCUGGUCGACAAAACCUAAAACCCUAAUCUGCUUAUCAUUGUUUUUCUCAUCUUCGUUUUCAUACGUUUCUAUUUUUUCCCCCUUUUGUUUGAAAAUUUUUCCUGACAGAAAUUUGUAUCGAUAGAUACAGUUGUUGUCGAGCAUUCAUGCGAACAUCAUACCUUCUUCUUCGGCAUCGGUUUAGCCGCUCACAGCAACACACUUUUUCAUCCAUCCCCAUCGUCAAAUGUUCACUUCGUUCCGCUAAUUUCUCUCAGCUUUUAUUAUUUCAUACCUCUCAAUACCAACUACCACGAGCAAGAGAUAACAGUGCCGCCCCAGCCCCAUCCUGCUCCUAUUUACUGUUACGAGGCAAUUUCCCGACGCCGGCAACUUCAAAAAGAUUCGCUUUGCUUGGCUUUCUGGGGUUGGAUGGUCAUCGUCACUUCCAUCACCCCCAUUAUCGGCAGUAUUCGUUCCAUCGCAGUUUUUUUACAAGGGCAAAACAACUUAAGAAGAUUGAGUUUAAUGAUCACCACAGUCAGCGGGCUGUUACAACUGCAUUGUGGUGUAACUUUCUCGUAUUUUCUCUCAAAUUUGGAGUUUGGUUUGCUUCCUCUAGCCAUGUUAUGUUUGCUGAAGUUGUGCACUCAAUUGCAGACUUCGCAAACCAGGCACUGCUUGCUUAUGGUCUUAGUAGUUCAAGGCGUGCACCUGAUGCUAUUCAUCCUUAUGGCUAUUCCAAGGAAAGAUUUGUUUGGUCUCUAAUAUCAGCUGUUGGAAUAUUUUGCCUUGGUUCUGGUGCUACUGUUGUUCAUGGGUUUCAAAACUUGUGGAUCGCACUGCCCCCUGAGAACAUGCAUUUGGCAGCUUUGGUGAUAGGUGGUUCAUUUCUCAUUGAAGGCGCCUCUCUUCUUGUUGCCAUAAAAGCUGUCAAGGAAGGUGCAGCUGCAGAAGGUAUGAAAGUGAGAGACUAUGUCUGGCGUGGUCAUGAUCCUACAUCUGUUGCAGUAAUGACGGAGGAUGGGGCUGCAGUAACUGGCCUUGCUAUUGCUGGGGCAUCGUUGGUUGCAGUGAAUACCACUGGAAAUGCUAUUUAUGAUCCCAUAGGAUCAAUCAUAGUUGGGAACCUACUUGGAAUGGUUGCCAUAUUUCUCAUUCAAAGAAACCGCCAUGCUUUGAUAGGCAGAGCUAUGGAUGACCAUGAUAUGGAGAAAGUACUUCAUUUUUUGAAAAAUGAUCCGGUUGUAGAUGCCAUCUAUGAUUGCAAAAGUGAAGUUAUUGGGCCUGGAUUCUUCAGAUUUAAAGCAGAAAUAGAUUUUAAUGGAGAGAUGGUUGUACGAAAUUAUCUUCACAGGACUGGACGUGAGGAGUGGGCCAGAAAGUUUGAUGAGGUUGCUGCACAGGAGGAUCAGGCUAGCCAGCUGAAAUUUUUGUCAGACUAUGGCACGGAAAUAGUGACAGCAUUAGGAAGUGAGGUAGAUAGGCUGGAGCAGGAAAUCCAGAAUCUUGUUCCUGGUGUUAAGCAUGUUGAUAUUGAGGCUCAUAAUCCAACCUAGCAUUGGCUGUGGAUAUCUACAGAUUGAAUAUGUCAUGGGAUGAGCAAUUUAACACGAAAAGCUGCUUGGGUGUUAUAAGCUGUAAAUUCAUUCUUUACCCUUCAAUUGACCCUUUUUUUUGGGGUUGAAAAUCAAUUGACAGCAUUGAUGAGGCGAGAAGCUGGCUUUAAAAGAUGCCAAUUAUAAUGUGAUUUUUGAAUGCUCCAUUUUCAUCUUAAA